UUGCACCUGUGCCAGGGCCCCUGGUGUCCCUCGGAUGACCAGAGGAGAAACUAAGGUCCCAGGUCCCAGGGUAGGAUGCGGUAUGUCUGAGAUGACAAAAUGCCACGGGGGUACAGCCCCCAAAUGGAGCCCACCAGCUGGCCUGGCCCCUCCAGCUGGUGCCCCAGACAGGCUGACCUGGGGAGGGGUCCCGGUCCUCACCAUGUUCCCCUUCCCCCCAACCCAGGGUGCAAAAUCAAGGCGCUGCGGGCCAAGACGAACACAUACAUCAAGACGCCGGUGCGUGGGGAGGAGCCCGUCUUCAUCGUAACUGGCCGCCAGGAGGACGUAGAGAUGGCCAAACGCGAGAUCCUGUCUGCGGCGGAGCACUUCUCGGUGAUCCGCGCGACCCGCAGCAAGGCCGGUGGGCUGCCCGGCACUGCGCAGGGCCCACCCAACCUGCCGGGACAGACCACCAUCCAGGUGCGCGUGCCCUACCGCGUGGUGGGGCUGGUCGUGGGGCCCAAAGGCGCCACCAUCAAGCGCAUCCAGCAGCGGACGCACACAUACAUCGUGACGCCCGGGCGGGACAAGGAGCCGGUGUUCGCGGUCACGGGCAUGCCGGAGAACGUGGACCGAGCCCGGGAGGAGAUCGAGGCGCACAUCACGCUGCGCACCGGCGCCUUCACCGACGCCGGCCCCGACAGUGACUUCCACGCCAACGGCACCGACGUCUGCCUGGACCUGCUCGGAGCCGCUGCAGGCCUCUGGGCCAAGGCCCCCAACCCCGGGCGGCGGCCCACCCUGCCUAGCGCCAGCCUCCGGGGGGACAGUACCCUGGGCACCCCAGGGGGCCCCGAGGCCUUCUAUCCCAGCAGCCGCGGAGGACCGCCAGUGCCGGACACGGGCCCCGCCAGCCCCUAUGGCGGCUCAGGCAACGGGGGCUUCACCUUCGGCGGGGACGGCCCUGGAGCCCCGACUGGGCCACCU